UAUCUCUCAACCUUACAACAAAAAACUAUCUGCUGCUCGGCUCCCUCCCUCUCAUCAGGAGCUCUAUUUCCCGCUCCCUGAAGAGCCUCAACUCAACCGCUCUCUCUACAAAAUCUUGGUUUCAAUUCUAUAAUUUCCUGAAGUAAAUGCUGUUAGGGCUUUUGGGAGGUUUUUCUCUCUACUGCACGUCUUCUCAUAAACCUCUCAAAACAACAUCACCAAACAUGGCUGCCGCUUUCAGUGCUCUCUCCUCCUGUCCGUACACUUUCUUCUGCCGCCCUAGCUCCACCAAGCUUUGCGUUUCCUGCUCUGCUGGCUCCCCUACUACAACUACUAUAGGCAGUAGAAGAACGAAAGCUCCGCCGCGUAAAAGGACGGGAAGAAUGGAAGGGACAGGGAAAAGUAUGGAAGAUUCGGUUAAAAGAAAGAUGGAGCAGUUUUAUGAAGGGCCUGAUGGUCCGCCGCUGCGUAUAGUUCCAAUUGGUGGUUUGGGUGAGAUUGGGAUGAAUUGUAUGCUUGUUGGGAAUUAUGAUCGAUAUAUUUUAAUUGAUGCCGGUGUUAUGUUUCCUGAUUAUGAUGAGCUUGGAUUUCAAAAGAUUAUACCUGAUACCACAUUUAUCAGAAGAUGGAAACACAAAAUUGAAGCAGUUAUUAUAACACAUGGUCAUGAAGAUCACAUUGGUGCGUUGCCUUGGGUUGUUCCAGCUUUGGAUCAUAACACUCCGAUUUAUGCAUCAUCCUUCACGAUGGAGCUCAUCAAGAAACGGUUGAAGGAGAAUGGGAUCUUUGUUCCAUCUAGACUUAAGGUGUUCAAAACAAAGAGGAAAUUCACAGCUGGGCCUUUUGAAAUAGAGCCUAUCAGGGUGACCCAUUCUAUUCCUGAUUGUUGUGGAUUGGUCCUUCGCUGUGCUGAUGGUACAAUCCUUCACACUGGGGACUGGAAGAUUGAUGAAUCACCAUUGGAUGGAAAAGUUUUUGAUCGUGAAACUUUAGAGGAACUCUCCAAAGAAGGAGUUACAUUGAUGAUGAGUGACUCAACAAAUGUACUGUCACCUGGAAGGACACUUAGUGAAAGUGUGGUAGCUGAUGCAUUAUUGAGACGUAUUUCAGCUGCUAAAGGAAGGAUUAUCACUACUCAAUUUGCAUCAAAUAUACACCGCCUAGGCAGUGUGAAAGCUGCCGCUGAUUUGACUGGUAGAAAGUUGGUCUUUGUUGGCAUGUCAUUGAAGACAUAUUUGGAUGCAGCAUGGAAGGAUGGAAAGGCACCAAUUGAUCCGUCCACUCUAGUUAAAGUGGAAGAUAUUGAUUCUUAUGCCCCUAAGGAUCUGCUAAUUGUCACAACUGGAUCACAAGCAGAGCCGCGUGCAGCUCUCAAUCUUGCAUCAUAUGGAAGUAGUCAUGCCUUCAAACUGAACAAGGAAGAUGUUAUUCUUUAUUCAGCUAAGGUAAUCCCUGGUAACGAAUCUAGGGUAAUGAAAAUGAUGAACCGCAUAUCAGAGAUUGGGUCAACUAUUGUAAUGGGUAAAAAUGAGCUGCUUCACACAUCUGGCCAUGGGUAUCGUGGAGAAUUGGAGGAAGUGCUUAAAAUUGUGAAGCCGCAACAUUUUCUUCCCAUACACGGAGAACUUCUGUUUUUGAAAGAACAUGAAUUGCUUGGGAAAUCAACUGGCAUUCAUCACACUACUGUUAUAAAGAACGGAGAGAUGCUUGGGGUUUCUCACUUGAGGAACAGAAGAGUUCUAUCCAAUGGUUUUGUCUCCCUUGGGAAGGAAAAUUUGCAGUUGAUGUAUAACGAUGGGGAUAAAGCUUUUGGCACAUCAACUGAGCUUUGCAUUGAUGAGAGACUAAAAAUUGCAACAGAUGGUAUUGUAGUGGUCAGCAUGGAAAUUUUACGCCCUCAAAAUCUAGAUGGUCAAGUUGAAAAAAGUUUAAAAGGAAAAAUAAAAAUCACAACACGCUGUCUGUGGCUUGACAAAGGGAAGCUUUUAGAUGCACUCCACAAAGCUGCUCAUGCUGCACUUUCAAGCUGUCCGGUGAACUGUCCUUUAACUCACAUGGAAAGAACAGUGUCUGAGAUGUUGAGGAAGAUGGUAAGGAAGUAUAGUGGUAAAAGACCUGAAGUCAUUGCCAUUGCUGUGGAAAACCCAGCAGCAGUUCUUUCUGAUGAACUCAAUGCAAGGUUAUCUGGCAAUUCUCAUGUUGGCUUUGGGAUAUCGGCAUUGAGAAAAAUUGUCGAUGGGCAUCCAAAAGGAAAUCAGGUGGACAGGAAGCGACCUGAUGGAAAUGGUUAUGCACAUUUAGAGAAAACAUCACCUCAAAAUCUGGAAGUUGAUGAUAUUGAAUUUGAAAGAGAGCUACCUGAGGAAGAGGGUACUUCUUCAAGUUCUAACUUAGCUGAAGGACAUUCCUCCACCUCUGAGGAUCAAGAUGAUUUCCAGAAAUCAUCCGUUCCUUCAUCCUCCCCAGUCAAUGAAUUAGUAGAAAGUGAUGAAAGUUUGGUUCCACCAGGGGAACAGAUGAAUAAGCUCAAGGAAGAUGCUGUGGACAGUAGUGAUGAUGAAUUGUUGGAAAAUGAAAAUUCUAGACUGAAGCGUUCCAAAUCACGGAACAAAUGGAAACCUGAGGAGGUUAAGAGUCUUAUAAAAAUGCGUGGGGAAUUAAAUAGUAGAUUUCAAGUUGUAAGAGGUAGAAUGGCUCUGUGGGAAGAGAUAUCUACUAACUUAAUGGCUGAUGGGAUCAAUCGUAGUCCAGGGCAGUGCAAAUCUUUAUGGACAUCUCUGGUUCAGAAAUAUGAGGAAAGCAAGAACGGGAAGAAAGGGAAAAAAGCUUGGCCCUAUUUUGAAGACAUGGAUAAUAUUUUAUCUGAUUCCGAGACAAUGGCAACAAAAUGAUAGGAAGGAGGGGGGAACAGUGCUUUGAGUUUUUUGGAAGACCUGUCCCAAGCCUCAUGUUUAAUUGAAGCUGCAGAGAAUAAUCACUGUCAGGGACUUGCAGUUAAAUUACAAACAGGAAAUCAGACUUUCUUGAAGACACUUGAUCGAUGUGCGAACUAUUUGAUCUCAGAGACCUGCGACGACAAACAAGAAAUGAAAUCGUUUUGUAGCCACAAGCUUCUCCAAAAUUGGUCAGCAUAUAUACUAGAGAUAGGGAUUGUGAUAUAUUUGGCUUGGAGGAAGUUUAGCAUUUGUAAGCGUUGCUGUAACUCAACAGUUAAUUUGCUGUCCUUUUGUCAGUUGCUUUGCAUUCAAUCGAAAGGAUUUAGCUUCGUC